UUGUUCUUUAAUGUAACAUUGAAAAACUAAAUUUUUCCAUUUAAGUUUUAACCUUUGAUCUAAAACCAGUCACUGUGACAAAUAUACAAACAUACAGCAGGGGGGGGAUGUGCAUGCCAUUACGUUUAAUAUUUUAGUCAGCCCACUAAAUAUGAUUAGACCACAUUAUAUAAAUUCAUAUACUCUGGCUUUAUUUAUAAAAAUAUCACUUAAAAAAAAUGAAAAGACUAGGCUAAAUUAAAGAUGUUGGUACAUAACCAGGAAGUAAAAGAGGGAAGUAUAGGGUUAAAGUUUAAGUGAGUCGGUCUGUUCUGCAGUGCAAACAGUAACCUGCUAAAGUACAUUCUCUACUGCUUGUAUGUACGCUUUAUCUGAAGUUAUAAUGCCAACAUUAAGUAUAAUUAAAAAUGCCCUUUGGACCAGCAAAGGGUGCAGCCAUUUACCAUUCUACAGGAUGUCCUGCACAAAGCUUCAAACAUCAGCUAUUGAUGGUAAGAGAACAUUCAACACCACGGUGAAUGGGCUGCCAACCAUCGCUCAUUUAGUGCGUUCUGUAGACGAGACACCUGAGCCCAUUCCCACCAUAGUUAAAGGUACCAUCCCAAAAUGGAUCAAUGGAAGUCUACUUCGGAAUGGUCCAGGAAAGUUUGAAUUUGGGAAUCAGCAUUUUAACCACUGGUUUGAUGGAAUGGCUUUGCUGCACCGCUUUCAGAUUGAGGGCGGCAAGGUGACAUACAGGAGUCGCUUUUUGCGCAGUGACUCGUACAAGCAGAACAGUGAGAGGAACCGGAUCAUGGUGUCAGAGUUUGGCACUUUGGCCCUGCCUGAUCCCUGCAAAAAUAUGUUUCAGCGUUUCCUGUCAAGAUUUGAGAUGACAAAACCAACUGAUAAUGCCAGCGUCAGCAUCAUUAAAUAUAAGGGCGAUUAUUACGUCAGCACAGAGACAAACUUCAUGCACAGAUUGGACCCAGAGACAUUGGAGAGCAAACAGAAGGUGGACUGGAGCAAAUUCAUAGCAGUAAAUGGUGCUACAGCUCAUCCGCACAUUGACCCAGAUGGCACAGCAUACAACAUGGGUAACUCAUACAGCAAGAAAGGGACCUUUUACAACAUCAUCAUGGUGCCACCUGAAAGAGAAAGUCCAGAAGAUACUCUAGAGGAAGCAAAGAUAUUGUGCUCCAUUGCCCCUCAUGACAAAUCCAAACCCUCCUAUUACCACAGUUUUGGAAUGUCGGAGAACUAUGUAGUGUUCAUUGAGCAGCCCAUUAAAAUGGAUCUGUUCAAGAUAAUGACCAGCAGAGUCAGGGGGAAAGCACUAAGUGAGGGUAUUUACUGGGACCCUAACCAGGAAACAAUCUUCCACCUCAUUGACAAACAAACUGGAAAGGAGAGCUCAGUGAAGUACUACACCAAAGCUCUGUCCACCUUCCAUCAGAUCAAUGCUUUUGAACAGGAUGGAUUUCUCAUGCUUGACAUGUGCUGCUCUGAUAAUGGUCAGGCCAUUAACAACUACCAUAUUCAAAACAUGCGUCAAUCAGGAGAGGCAUUGGAUAAAAUGUAUAACAGCAUGGGCCAGCCACUUCCUCGUCGUUUUGUGCUUCCUCUUAAUAUCACCAAAGACACACCACUGGAACAGAACCUCAACACAAGACCUGACAGUACGGCUACUGCUGUCUGCCGAAUGAAAAAUCAGGUUUACUGCACAUUUGAGGACCUCCAUAAUGAUGACCUGCAAGAUUACGGUGGCUUGGAGUUCCCUCAAAUUAACUAUGCAAGAUAUAACACCAAACCUUACAGAUACUUUUAUGGUUGUGGUUUUCGGAACUUAGUAGGAGAUUCUCUUAUUAAAAUGGAUUUGGAGAGCAAAAAGUUUAAGGUAUGGUGCCAGCCAGAUCUCUACCCAUCAGAGCCUGUUUUUGUUCCUUCACCAAAUGCUGAGGAAGAGGAUGGUGGGAUUAUUUUGUCUGUGCUGAUCACACCAACAAAGGACAAGAGUUCGUUUCUCCUAGUCCUAGAUGCCAAAACCUUCACAGAGCUGGGAAGAGCUGAAGUGCCUGUCAACAUUCCUUAUGGAUUUCACGGAACAUUUAAUUCCAGCGAAUAAAGCUCAGGUUAAACAGUUAUCACAAUAUACUGUUAGCAGCUAUGCUGAGAACUCGGAUUUUAGAAAUCGUCCAAAAACAUUGGCAUCUCUUAUCCACAUAUUAAACAAAAAAUGUUAUAGGCCUAAAUGUUCCUUUUGAAAAAAGUACCCCUACGAAAUGAAAAUACUGCAAAUACUGCAGCGGUUUUUAUUAGCAAUAACUCAAUUAUUAAGUUCAGUUUAAGUGUUAAUGAACGCAGUUAGUGAACAUGCACUCUUUAACAAAACCUUUGGCACAUGUGACUCAUGUAAAGGUGAUUAUAAUUAGAUGUAAUGCUCAAUGCUGCAAAAUUUCAUUAAUUCUAACGUUUUCUUUCAUUCAAUUCUUUUUAUUUUUAUUCUGACGUGUUCAUUUUAGUUCAGUCGUGAUAGGUUUAGUUUACAAGUGCAGGAGCAUUUACCUCUUUAUCUUAAUUUUAUGGCAUUUUUGUUAAGGUUGGUGCACCAAGCAUCAAGUUAAUUUUCGACCUUGCCUUUAACCACUGUAACAAAGUGUAAAAAAAGUAAACAAAACACUAGAUUUACACGUGAGCGUGUCCAUCUCACUGGGAAGUAAGGUAAUGAAGUGUACAUACACAAAACAUAAAUGUGUAUUUUUGCAGGCUCUACCUCUUAUAUUUUGCUUGUUUACAUUUUCAAUUCAUUCAAGUUUCAUUUCAUUUAGCUAUAGCCUAAUAUUUUGUACUAAUUGAUGUAAUGAUCACAAAUAAAUACCAACACUGUGAUAAACAAGACUUGUAUGCCAUCUGGUGGAUUUAGAGACAAAAACUUUCACAAUGUUUACAAUCAGGUGAGAAAUCAGUGGCCAAGUGUAGAGUGUUUUGGUUUGAGUAUUAUUUCUUUUAUAUUUUAAUUUAGGAAAUAGUA